UUCGUGGUAUUGCAAAAAAACUUGAGAUUGAGUUUGUCAAGGCUGUUAUUGGUUUCAACUUCCAAUUUCGUCGAUGUGUGUCAAUAUUUGAGGGUAUUGUUGUCACUAAAGAGAAUGAAGAAAUUGUACUAGAGGCAUGGAGAGCACAUUCAGAAGUAGUAGCAGCUCAAGGAGCCGCAAGACGACGAAAGAGAGCUGAAAAAAUAGAAGAACGAACAGAGUGGAGAGAAUGA